CGACGACGACAACGACGACCAAGCGGCAAGCAACAACGGCCCACACAGCUCCAGCCGCCGCCGCACCAUGCCCGCGCCGCCCCUGUCCAUCCUCCAGUCGCUGUCCCCGCGCGUGGCCGUGCUCUCAUCGGACGAUGUGGCCGACUCGUGCGCAGCCAACGGGUGUACAGGGCUCGACGAGCUCCUCCGUCCUUGGGAGGGCGGCACCGACCGGGUGUCAAUCCUCUCCACGACCCUCACGCCCACUGUCCACCCCACGUUUCCCCUCCGCUUCGUGUCCUAUGCGUCAGUGUACGCCAACCCGCAGCUCGCGUCGCCCAACCCCGAGCUUGUGGUCGACCUGAUCGGAUCUGGCGUCGGCAAGCUCAAGCCUGAGGAGGAACAACACUAUGCGCUGACGCGCGCGCUGCUCCUCGCCUCGCGCCCGCUCGUGCCGUACGAGACGUUCAACCACCCCGUCGGCGUGCUCUUCGCCGUGUCGACGUCGACGCCGGACCCGCUGGCUACUCUGACACGGCUCUACGGCCAGGGGGUCGGCACGGGCGCGCAAGCGGCGCCGUGGAUGGACGGCGUGCAGGUGCUCAAGUUCUUCGUCGUCGUGCACGACGUCUCGAAGCGCGGCGAGGACCUGACAGCAGCGAAUGAGCUGCUGGCCGCCGUCAAGAAGUCGUACGGACCCCACUCGACCCUCCUGGUAAUCAACAGCAGGAAAGACCUGCCCAAGCUGCCAACGCCAGAUGCGACGCCGCACUCCGAAGUGCCAACCCCGCCGCCCAAGGACGACGACGACCCGUCCGCCCUGUCCCAACUGUACGCGUCGACAAUGUCGUCAUUCAUCCUGAGUCCCGUGUCGACUGUCGCGGGGGAAGCAGACGCAGAGGAGAAGAGCACGAAGCGGUACGCGGCAAGGCUUAGCCCCGAGGACAUUCAGCGCCUCAUUGCGCUCGUGCGCGAGCUCGUUGUCCAGAGCCUCGUGCCGUGGAUGGAGGCCAGGGUACGCGAGUGGAACGAGGCCUACCAGUCCAAUAAGCGCGGUCUCACCGGCAGGCUGUUUGGCGCCGGCCGCAAGCUGUUUGGCAGCCGGCCACAGAGCCCCGCACCCACAGGCGGGGGAGGAUACAACGCCAUCAAGGGCUACUACCCCGCCAACUCGACCGACGCUCUCUCGCGCCGUCUCGCCGACUUUGCGUUCAUGCUCCGAGACUACCGAUACGCAUCGGGCGUGUACGAUACGCUGCGGCGCGACUACACCCAGGACCGAGCAUUCCGGUACGCGUCAGCCGCGACAGAGAUGUUUGGCCUCUCGCAGCUGCUCUCGCACCCUUACUUCUUGCCCAACACUCCGCCAACUGGCCGACCAACACCGUUCACAAACCUGCAACACUCGGACAUCUCUGCAUGGCUGGAGCAGUCGGUGUUGACGUAUCUCGGCCGUCCGCCAGCCAUCCAGAUUCAGCUCGACGCCUUGCGCAUCACGGUGCUAUACUACGAGGCGUGGAAAGCCAUCAACGAGUGGCGUGGCGUCGGUGCGGCGCUCGUGCGAGCAGCGGGCGAGGCCGACGAGGCGGCCUGUGCCGUUCUCAUCGAGGAGGCGGCCAGUGCAGACACCAAGGGCGGCAAGAGCAACCGCGGCCACAGACGGCAAGCGUUCCACCUCGUCAUGGCGGCGAGGCGCUACGAGAAGGCCGGUCUGAAGCACUACUCGCGUCGCUGCCUCGAGCGCGCAUCGGAUAUCAUGCGUGGCGCCGCGUGGACGGCCGCCAACGACCGGAUAGAGUACUCGCUUGGCCGGCAGGCCUACACCCUCGGCGAGAGCAACCUCGCUGUCGAGCACUUCCUGCGUUUGAUGCAGCGCAAAGACACGCACUUUGCAGAGCACCAGGGCAUGGUGCUCGAGGACAUGGCUCUCGCUUACGAGCACCUCGCGGCCCAGCCAGAGCAGCUCGAGGCCGCCAAGGACAAGCUCCGACUCCCAACGCCAGUAUUCAACAAGGCCAAAACACGCAUUGUGCUGCCGGCCGAGGCAUCAUCGCGCGGGUCGAGCGAGGCAUGGUCUGACCUCGACUCGCGCGCCCUCGGUCACUGGGACAGGAAGGGCAAGAAGCCCAUGAGCCUGCUUCCAGACCGAUCCCGAAUCGUCGCCUCCGUCGGCGAGACGUUCCACAUCGAGUUGACGGCCUCGAACCCGUUAAACUCGCCGCUGGUGCUCACGAACGUGACCGUGUCUCUCGACCCCGCAGAGUCUCUCGACGUGGAGACGAUUGACGAGAUCGAACUCGAUCCGUACGAGACGCGCCAAAUUGCCCUCGCCGUCACCCCCAAGGCAGCUGGCACUUUCACCGCCAAGGCCGCCUCGUUCAACUUCCACCGCUUCUUCCCAUGUGUCGAGUCGCUCGAGCGCCGUGGUCGCCGUUUGAACAACACCAAGGCGCAGCGGCUGACGCCGACGUACGCCAAGGACACGACGCUCACAGUGCAUGUUGAGGCAUCGAGCCCGCGCGUCGCCAUCGAGAUGUUUGGCGUCCCCGAGUCGCUGUACGAGGGCGAGGUCGUGGAAGCGCAAAUCAAAUUACAGAACCGCGGCGCACUCGCUGUCGAGAACGUUCAGCUGGUGACCAACGUAUACGGAAUCCUUACAUUACAAGAAGAUACCCAGCAUACCGAUACCCCCACAUCAAUAUCCAAUACGAUACAGCCAAGGUCCCCGUUGACACUGUACCCGGGCACGAUAGCGCCUGGGGACACGGCUGACGUCGGUGUCCGCUUCACGGCGCCGUCCGCGGGUCCGGUUGAGCUGCUGGCGCUCGCAGUCUUCUCCACGGUCGACGGCGGCGCGGCCGGCGGUGCCCGGCUGACGCACGCUUCGGACGUCAAGAAGCUCUUCACAAUCUCGACGGACGUCACGCCUGGUCGGCAGGGCGUCCUCCUCAAUGUCCAGGUCACGAGCCAUUCGGCGCUGCCGCUCGAGCUCAGCGCGCUUACUCCUGUAAGCCAGCACUGGAAGGUCACGUCGACUCCCGCGCCUGCUGGACCGUUGUACCCGAACCAGACGCUGCGCACCGUCGUGCCCGUCUCCACAGCUGGCGCCAGUACACCUGACCUGGGCCAACCAUCUCUGGUCGCCAAUCUCGGUCGCGUUCUCCAGCACAACUACGACGCGCUCACGCCGAUCGAGCCGGCAUCCGUCACCCUCACCGUCCCCGACGCUGACUCGGGCUACCUCAUCUCUCGCCGGCGGUACCGCUACCGCUUCGCUGCACAGAACUUUGGAGCGCUGCCCAAGGACCUCGUUCCGCGCGUGGUCCCGCUGUUUGACCCGCUGGACCUCGACCUUGCGUUCUCCUGGUCCCAGGGUGAGCGGCGAGGCCACGCAGCCGUGCACGGCCUGCUCCCCGCCCCGCGCUUCAGCAUCGUCGAGGGGCUGCGGCGCGAUAUCGAGUCGCAGUCGGGUGCGGCCAAGCGCACGAUGUACGAGGAGACUGGGCGGCUGCGGCGCGCGUUGGUCGACUCUGUCGUGGACGGCGUGUACGCGGUCGAAGAGGAUCCGAUUGUGGUUCGUGCACGCGUGCCUUCUGCCAAGGCUGGACGCGUCGAGCACGACUUCAGCAAGGGAUCUCUCGUGUUGCCCGUGACGAUCGAGGUGCAGAACCGGUCGCCAGCACUGUCGGCGCGAUGGGCCCUCCGGCUCCCGGGCCCACAAGCACAGUCUUUCGCGUCGUCGUUCCCCAGGCCGCCAAUAUACACUGGCGCGUUAGCGCACCGCGGUGCGUUGGCGCCCGGGGCGAGCGCGACGGUCGAGGCCGGCCUGUGGGUCGUCGAGAGCGGGCUGGUGAGCUUCGGCGGAUGGGAGGUACUUGGAGAGACUGGCGAUGGUGACCCAGCCGACAUUGCGCCAAGUGAUGGCGAUGACGAUGCUACUGUGGCAUGGUCGCCACGUGUUUCGUGGUCAUCAAUCGCGCCUCUCUCUACUGUCGAGGUUAUCCAGGCAUGAAGAUGCA